AUGAAUAAGCGAUUGUCAACAUGCUCUCCAUCAGCAAUAUCGCCUUCAAGUGCAGUUUCUGAAUGGUGUGUUCGUUGGAGAUUAGCUGAACAACAACUUGAGCAUUUGGGCGCUCUGGCUGAUCGCACGUUCUCAUUCUGGAGACGACCAAAUCGUUGCAACGAACACAAUCUCAAAGCGGCCAAUCGUUUGUUGUUGUGGUGUGCGGAUACUGGUCAAGAACAGUGUCAAGUGAAGAAUUUGAGUGUGAUCAAACCGAAGAGUUAUCUGCCAAAUGUGAUCAAACCAAAGAGUUAUCUACCGAAGUGGAGUACAUUAGCCGUCUUCAACGAUUCUGUUGGUAUUGUUGAAAAGGGUGAUUUGCAACUCUACAAAUUCCCACUGAUAUGGGCCGAACCGUUGAUAAAAGAUGAUCGUCACAUGGUGCGUCUCUAUACUCCAGAAGAUGAACUCCACAUUGAAUUUACUGAUGCUGCGGCUAAGAGUGACUUUCUACAAGCAUGUCAUCAGUGGCGUACAUUCGGACGUCGUUAUGCAAGAAGGCGACAUCGUGGUGGAGAUUCAUUCGCGAGUGCUGGUUUGAAGAAACGAUUCGGAGAAUACGUCUUCUCUGCGGCGCAUCCCACCUUCAAGAACUGUAUCUAUGAAGGUGGUUGGCUGUGCGGUGAACCUCAUGGAAGGGGUCGAUUGAAAUAUCCAGAUCGGAAAGAAUAUAAAGGACAUUUUGAAUGCGGCAUAAUUGAAGGUUUCGGUGAGUUGACAGUUCCUAUUGAUGAGCAACAAGCAAGCGUUAUCACUUUACCGAGAAUGAACAGUGUCUUCUUCACGAAUACCUCUGAUGAAACUACUACCUCAUCGUCAAAGGUGGACGUCUAUACGGGUUGUUGGCAUAAUGGCCAAAUUAACGGUCUCGUCUCUAUCAGGUGGGCAAACGGUGAUACUUACGAGGGGUAUAUGCGUGAUGGACAACGUCAUGGACAUGGUGUUCAACGAUACUGUACUAUCAGUGGUGAACAACAGAUCUACGUUGGUGGUUGGCGAUCUGGCAUGAGACAUGGCUACGGUGUUAAUUCCUCGAACAGGGAACGUUAUUUGGGUAUGUGGCAAAAUGAUGUAAGGCAAGGAAACGGUGCGAUUGUCUCAAUUGAUGGCGCUUAUCAUGAGGGAUUGUUCGAGAAGGAUCGGCUUGUGUACGGCCGAUUGCUGUGUCAUGCAGUGGACGGUGAAUUUGGUAAGAUAUACGAGGGAGAUUUCGAUAAAACUGGAAUGAUAAGUGGAAAGGGUGUGCUGCAACUCUCCAAAUAUGAUCGUAUCGAAGGACAAAUGAGCGGUAAUCUGAUGAGUGGCGAUCUGAAAAUAUCGAACGCUGUCCUCAAAAAAUGUCCACCGAUUGCCACUGAUCCGCUUACACCCGUUGGACAAACUAUUUAUAAUGACGAACCGUCAGUUGGACAAUGGACAGUACCUUGCAAUGUGAAAUGGAAAGAGAUGUUUGAGCAUUUCCUAAGCGGUGACCUCAGGAUUGAAGCGCAGUUGGAAGAAGAUAUCAUAGAAUAUGAUACUGUGAUUGGUGGCGAUCAGGUGGAUUCAACGGCUGUUUGGCGUUCGUUAGCCGGCACAAUGACUGCAAUACGUAAUGGCAUCAAUACCGAGAAACUGAGUUUCACUUUUGAUGAUCGUCUGGAGAAGAUACCAAAUUUUCAUGCGCCAUGGUCGAAUACUUACUAUGCAAUGGUGGUCGACUAUUGGAGAGCGGUAAACGAGUUUUCUAUUUCCUGA